UCUCUUCAAUCUACCAUCCGGAUGGCAUCGAAUCCAGUUUCGGACAGCUCUCAACCGACUUGGACGGCCGAGAAGAACAAGUUGUUCGAGAACGCCCUCGCGGUGUAUGACGAGCGCACCCCCGACCGAUGGCAAAGGAUCGCGAAUGCCGUUGGGGGGAAGACAUCUGUGAAGGAAGUGAAGGAGCACUAUGAGAUCCUCCAGCAUGACAUCAACCUCAUUGAGUCGGACAAAGUUCCUCUUCCACGGUACAAGCCAUCCGAGGACAAGCUUAGCAAUCAACACAUGAGCUCGAAGCAUUUCAACUUGUGACCCAGGAAAGAAGAAAUAGAUGCGGAGAGGGCGAGCUGCGUCGCACAGUAUCUUUCUCCUAGGAUGAUUCGCUAAUCGGAGCUGCACUUGUUUAGAUGAUUUUGUCCACUAGAUGUUCGGAUUCGAUCUACUUCUUUCGAUCACAAACCUCCUAAUUCCUCAGCAUUUGGGGCUAAGGAGCAUAGGAACGAAAAUUCUGUGAAACUGAUGAAGAUCACGAAUUUCUGCUAUAUUCAAUAAAAAAAGUAUCAAUUUUUUUAGCG